AUGAGAGCAGCACUUUCACUCGUCGCCUUCGCCGGGUCGGCCUUGGCUGCCAACAUCCCUCUCAGGGGCGAGAGAGCACUUGUUGCGAAGGGAUAUAAACAUGGCGACUGCGAUGAAUGCGAGACGGUGACCACCAAGGUCAUCGUGACGUACACCACUGUCUGCCCCGUCACCGAGACCACGACGCAGUCCGGCACCACUUGCACGUCGACGUACACCACGACCAGCACGGUCGAGACGGCCGUGCCCACCACCAUCGUCGUGACCAAGACGGCGCCGCCAGUGACCAAGACGGCAGGAGAAGUUGUCUACACCACCCUGACUGAGUUGUGCCCCGUCACGGAGACCAAGGUUGUUGGCGGCGAGACGGUCGAGGUCACCUGGACUUCGACCUCGACUGUCGUCACCAAGGUGCAGCAGACGCAGACUGUCUACACGACGUCGGUCGCUACCGAGUAUGAGACGACCGACGUCUACACUACGGUCAGCUGCCCAGAGACCGUAUACACCACCGUCUCCAAGGGCGAGACGAUCGAGAUCACCCAAACCGACACAAUCACCAUGACCAACACCGAGGUGCGCACCGUGACCGAGAUGAUCCCGGUGACCAUCACCACGCGCGUGCCGUACACCGUCAACGUGCCCGUCACGCAGCAGGAGACGGUCACGGGCUACUCGACCGUCAUUGUGUCGGCCAUCGACACCGUCUACACCUCAUCCCCGCUGCCGCCCACCACCAUCAUCAUCCCUACUUCAUACACCGUCUCGGUGCCUCCCGUCGAAACCUCUCCGGCCCCCAGCCCCACCCCCAACACGACGACCACCACCACGACUUCUCCUACUGCCCCGCCCGCUGCCACCGCCGGCGCCGGCAAGGCCGUGAUGGGCGCUCCUGCUGUGGCGCUCGUUGCCGGUCUCGUUGGGAUGGUGCUUCUCAUCUGA